AUGCAUCCUCUUUGGGAGCAGGGUAGGGGAGAGGGUGAGGCUGUGGGCAGCAAGCAAAGUUCUAAGAUCUGGCUGUCGGGGAAAGCCACCCAGACACAUGGGUUUUGUCCAGCCAGCUGCAAAAUUACCCUUCUUAACUUGUGCCCAACGCUUCACCUGUCUUGGAUCUUUGGAUUGGGAGCUUAUUCCCUAGCCCCCAAUCAAAGCUUAUAUCCAUGGAGUGAAAGUUUAGAAUUUUGCUAUCCCUUUCAUGUUUUCCUGUUCUUCCAGAUUCUUCCAGACCUUUCCAGAGAGAAUGGGGGCUGGAGCACUGUCCAUCGGUGUCGGCUCACCCAGGAAGGCUUGUUCAGGGUGAAUGGGAACAUGAAGGUGGUGGAACACCUGCGGAUGCAGAUGGAAAAUGGGGUGCAUCUGCAGCUGGGGGCACAGGGGGAGGAGCAGGUGCGUGCAGCCGCCAGCCUGCUGAAGCUCUUCCUGCGCCUGCUGCCGGAGCGUGUGAUCCCCGCCUCGCUGCAGCCCCGCUUCCUCCAGCUCCUGCAAGAUCGCAGCAAUGGUGUGCAGGAGACUAGCUUAAGAGACUUACUGAAAGAGCUCCCAGCUAGCCACUACAGCCUGCUCAAGUACCUUUGUGGGUUCUUGACACAAGUCGCUGCCAACCACGUGUACAAUCGAAUGGACAUUCACAACCUCGCCACCAUAUUUGGGCCAAACUUCUUUCAGUAA